AUAGUACGCAGAAUUUAGGAUUCCGAAGAACGAAAAUAAGCAUGAAAACGUAUUUGGACCGGUGCUUCUCAGUUGUCGUUCUUUUGUUUCUUCAAUUUCUACGUGUCAGUACGCAACCUCGGAAUCAACACUGCACGUUUCCCGACUUGGAUCAAGAAAAGUUAUGGCGCAGCGGAACUGAAGAUCAUGAUUCUGCAAAAAUGUUUUUCAAUGGAGAUAGAAUUAACUUCAUGGGAUAUGAAUUUCGAGCCGAGAGACGUUGUGACGAAAUAAUAGAUCGUGAAAAGGCAAUCUAUUUUGUAGUUGAAGACCGGUUUUAUGGUGACUGGAAAAAAGUAUUUUAUCUUUGCAUGCAGUUUAUAAAAAGGUCUGAUUCUGUUGUUCAGAUUCGAGAAUCGAUUUCGUCAACACUGAAAAGUAAAGAAAGUUGUUCUGAACAGAGUAUGUUCUUGAACAGUCGUCCGUUUGUAAGAUAUCCUCUUGAGGAUAAUCCGUCAGUAAAAUGUCCAUUCACUGGGGGUUAUAAUUUGAAAUUUGCAUACAAAAUGAAGUCAAUCUGUGGUUCUUCAGGCAUACCACCUCGUUUAGAAAGUGAAUGUGAAGGUGGCGACGGCGUUACGUUGGAUUUCAGAACCAAGGAGUGUAAACUGGAUAACGAUUACAAUCUGGAGGAAAAUUUCCGAUGCUUGGCCUCGUGGACAGACAUAACAGCAGAAAAUAACUAUACCUACGUAGUUUUGGCCAAUAAUCGACGGUUUCCUGUGUGCAUGAGGCUUGAGGGAAAUUUAUCCGAUCUGAAACGAGCGUACAUUUUUCGCGAUGGUAAAUGUGUCGUUCACGAUGGGUAUGUCUAUUCGAAAUCACCAGAAAAUGUCGACUUGAACUUUGAAAAAAUAGUCGUUUCGAAUCUCUGUGAGAAUGAAUUUGACUACUGUACCCAAGAGCUUGCCUGUUCAAAGUACCAGAAUUACUGCCACAAGUCAUGUGGAAAAUGCCAUACCGAAACAAACGUCUGCUCUUUUCCUGAGUUUUUGAUAGGCACAUGGCACACUGAUUUUAAAGGCGUAUCAAGUGUAAUAGAUAUAUUUACAGACAACAUACAUUUGCCCGGCGAAGGCAACUUUAAAUGUGUAGGGAAAGCCAACUCAACAGAGGAUAACGCCUACAGAUUAACUCUGCUUCAUAUCUUCGAAAAUGGAUGCUUUCCUCGAACGAUGUGCUUUGAAUACAAAAAGACAUCUAAAAUGACCCUGCAUUACAAAUUCGGAAAAAGAGUCAAAUGGCCAGUGUUUCCUUUGGACAAAAUGAUCGGCGAUACCUGCCAAGACGUACUGUUAGACAUACCGUAUUCCGUUGCCAUAAACGGGGCUCAAAUAAAUACAACCAACUGCCGACUUCCGGGCGAUUUCGGAUUCAAAUCCGGUCACCUGUAUAUUCGGAAUUCGAAAGGGCACGAUUACUGCAUAGCGUAUAAUGAGUAUAGUGUUGGCCGAAGUGACAAAUUCAACAUGGUGGACAUCAACACAACAGAAUCUAUCAACGUGGAACACCUUUGUUUGUCCUCGGAGAAGCGCGAAGACGGCAGCGUUUUUGUCAUUACGACUUCUCUCUCUGACAGGUCUUACAAAUGUUGGGGAUUCAUUGGCAAGGAGCAGUCGCGAUGGAUUGUCCAACUUAGUUUGGAAGACUGCAAUGAACAAACUUUUGACUCGUUGCACAACGGUUAUGCCACGCCACGGAAUUCGUUUGUUGUAACAGAGGAUCCGAAAAAUGUUUGCACAGAGUCAAUAUCGGCGGGUAAAGUUGAAAGCGGUUCCUGUGCAAAUUGCGCCAUAUUUUCUUUGUUUAUGUCGUCAUUAUUAAUCAUAAUGACCAUUUGAAUUUAUGUAAAAAUGUUUAAAAAUAUUGAUCAAUUGCUUGAGACCAAAGUCCCAGUGAUCAACGAAAGACGAAUGUUGCCAUUUUUUUAUUAUUCAGACUUCCAUAUAGAAGCUUAUAUCUUAACAUAUAUUAGACUACAGUGUGUACACAUCACACAUCACAUUAUUAAAGACAGAGACAUAAACACAGUCACUUAACUUAGAUAAACAUGCAUAUCUACAUAAAAGUGUAUACACCAACAAACAGGCAUAUAUAUGCACAGCACCGCCAAAUAUUUUGUUUAAUUUGCGGUUUCUCCAUAAAAGUUUGAAUAUUUUUUAUAUAGAGAGGGAAGGGAUGGAAGAAGGUAAAGAGAGGGGAACACUAGUUAACAAAAAGUCAUUUAUCUAAAGACCACUGAAAGAGCUAAAUAAUAUAAAAUACAAUACCAGUAAGAAUAGACUUACAUUUUAUUAAGUGAUGGCGUUGAUUGGCUACAGUGGUUCUCAUAAUAUUGCAACAUAUAUACAACAGGACUGCCGAACAACUGGCUCGCCCCCAACUACACCAUUUCCAUGUGUUGUCCCUGACGGGCAAGUAGCAUGCUGGGUAAAACCGCAAUCAUGCUACCAACACAUUGACAACAAUAAACUUUAUGUUAACCUGAUAGGUAUUAAAUCUUUAUAUUAACUUUAUGUUUUAAUAAAUUGAUAUUUUUUAAAGAAUUAAGAGUUUAUGUUAUAUUAAACCAACAAUAACUUUUCAACACAACAACAUUAGGACCCAUUACUCUUCUUUCUCUAAUUUCUUUGCAUAUUUUGUCUUGUAAGUGGGCUUGGAGUUGGUCAGCUGAUAAUAAUUAUUUGAAACACCAAUUCUAGGACCUUGUUAAUUAAGCAUGAAACCAUAUGUAAAACCUUGAAAAAUUUAUUAGCAACCUGUCUAAUAGGAUACUUGUCUACAUAUAUAGACAUAUGCGAAACAUUAAUUGGGGUGGGACCUAGGUCCCAUAUGCCUGGGGGUUGAAAAUCUGAGGGUCUUGUGAAAUUAGCUCCAUGUGGUCUAAAGCCUUGUUGAUGUCCUGGCCUUGAUGCUUGUCUUGGGCUGAAUAGGACUGCCUAUUUGACACAUGUAUGGACAUAAGACAGUUAAUCACGCAGUCGACUGAAGUCCAAGACUUAGCAGGAUACAUUGCAAUUUUAAACCGGAAUUGUUCACCAUACAACUUCCAACCUGCCGACCUAUCAGCCCCUGUCCUAACAUCAUGCAUAUAUUUCAGCAUGUCUUGAAAAUUGCUUACAUGAACAGAUGUAAAUACACUAACAAAGAUCAAAAAUGCAUCCGUCCAUUUUUCAGUGGAGGUAAUUUUGACUAGAGACCUUGAAAUACUGGCCAUUUGACCAUCAUUUCCAACAACAAGGACUCUUUCACUAACUGUAUCUUCAAUGUUUGAAUUUUUCAAUAACAAGGCCAGAUCUACAAAUUUCCCUUCAAUAAUUUUCAUUCGUAAUGAUUCGCUCACAUUGUGACCCAAAGAAAAUUGAAUGGAGUUUAUCGGUGUUGGUGUAACACGCACCGUUUCUAUUCUAACAUUUUCCAACACAUUAGUACCUUCAGCAUGCUCUACCGGAACAAGAUUCAAGGUCUGUUGCACUUCCCUGGUGGCCCGAUCCUUCUUCCGUUUUCCAUGGUUGGUACGCGGCUCGACUUUCCACGUGGACGUCGGCCUGCGGCUGACUGGGUUUUCGUUUAGGCAUUCUUAAUCUUUACAAAGGGGGCUCAAUAAUUA